UUAGAGCACAGAUCGUCUGGUCAUAUGGAAGUCUCCAUGGUGUUAGAGAAAGCUUUAGUGCGAUAGCCAGCUAAGAAGCUAGGUUGGUAGCUUGCUAGCUAUCUAAACUGAUAACUGGUUAUCUCAAAGUGUAUUGACCUAUAUUCAUUUUUAUGAAAUGUGCUUGCUGCUUGGAGCCACGGGUGUUGGAAAGACAUUGCUGUUAAAACGUUUACAGAAGCUCAGUUUGCUUGAUGGGUCAUUUGAUUUAGGAGAACCUCCAGUUACUCUGCCCACGGUUGGCACCAACUUAACAGAUUUGAUCCUGAAGAGGAAGAGGGUGACUGUGAGGGAGUUGGGAGGUUGCAUGGGACCUAUUUGGCCAAGCUACUUCACUGACUGCUCCUCUGUCAUUUUUAUGGUGGACUCCGCCAAUAUCAUCCAGAUAUCUUCCUCCUGUAUUCAGCUCUUGUCUGUUCUCUCUGCUGAGCCACUGCAUAAAGCUUCUGUACUGGUCCUCUUUAACAAGAGGGACCUCCCUUGCACGAUGAGCCUCGUGGAAAUGAAGUCACUUUUCAGGAUGGAUGAUAUCAUCGCUUGUGCCUCUCAGCCAAUAACAACACUUGAGCUUAGUGCUCGCUCUGGCCAAGGACUCCAAGAGGUGCUGAGCUGGCUGGACUCGGCCGUUGGAGAGUGACCUUGUCCCUCUGAUUCUCAGGGACAUUUGUGCCACGAGGUGCUUAAUGGUGUCAUUGUGCCCGUUUCAGAGGCAUCAUCAUCUUCAACACAAAGAAAGUGAUACUGCAAAUAUCAUUGCCUGGUAUCUUGUACUUUUUAUGCGAUGAUGGUGAUUUAAAACACUGCCAUUUGAUGCCAUAUCCUAUUCUAGUCAUAUUCCAGCAGGUAAACUAUGGUAUUAUCCAUACAUUAUACACCUGUAUUACACAUGAGGGAUGUACAUAACAAUUAUGAACAGGUGUAUGACCAAAGUAUUUUGGUCUGGGGCAUUAAAAAGAAAUUGACAAUACAUGCAUUGUCACUGCUGGCCUGCAGGGGGAAACACUGUCUAAAUAUUUAAUUGUGCUUUUUCAUGUUUUAUGAAGUAUUUGUAAAUAAAUAGUGAUGUCAUAAACAAGGUUUUGUACAUGUUAUAUUGAAUGGUGAAAAUAAAUGAAAGCAAAGCAAUGAAAAUAUGUAAAAAUAAACAAUGAAUUGCACAUAUUGGUUAAUUAUAGCCAUUAUAUUUCAUGAGAAUCAGUGUUUCACAA